AGGUGCAAAGCCUCUCUCACAUCUCACAGUAGUAGUUCUGGUGGAAUCCCUGAUAAUGAGCCCACAUGUUCCUGGGCAGCACAUGUGCCUGUAGUGUCUGCUUUGUGUAAAUAAUUUAAAGACCUUUUCAUUGCACAGCUCUGUAGUGCCCAGGUGUUAAUGCUGUUUUCUUGGCCAGCCUUAUCCCAGCUUGUCAUGUAGGGCAGUGAGCAUCUUCCUGCACUUCCUUAGUUCUUUUCGUUUUGCUGAACAAUACGGUGGUGAAAAAUGAACUUACAGUUGCGAAGUGCAAGGCUCGGUUUCUUAUCUCUGAAAAUCCUCCCAAAAUACUGGGUGGUUCAAAGGGCGGUUUGAGGUGGGCACAGGUUGUCAUGGCUGCUGCUGAUGUCACAAUCCCACAAUGACCUGUGGAUACCCUGUGAGAGCAGUUCCACAUACCCCAAGUAGUUCCAUCAUUUUCAAUGCAUCCUGGUUGGUCAGGCAGGUGAGUCUGUUGGCUCAACCACACCUUGAGCCCAGUCCAGUGCAAUCCCUCCUUCCCAGGGCAUGAGAGCUUCCUUCUCCCUGCCUGGCCCUGCUGCCAGUGUGUGUCAUGGAGCCCUCUGAGUUGUUGGCUUUGCAAGUCUGCAGUGGGCUGGUAUUUCACAGCUAAUCCUCUUCUUUCUGAAAGAGGUGGAGUAGUUGUGCAGAAUAUAUUGUUGGGUAAAUCAUAAACAUUACUGUCAAUUGGAAUUAAAAACUUGACCCAACUACUCAGCUCUGGUAUAGAAAUUAUUUUGCUGGACUUAAAGACCUAACCCUGCUGCCAGUGCUGUCCUUCACAGCAGGAGAGCCUUUGCCAUGGAAAACUGCCUUUUAUAAUCUGUGUAGAGAAAUUGCAGCUUAUGGGAUGUGGGACCAGGUCAGGCAGGGCUUUUAGUCUUCCACAACUACCAAUGGGUUGGACAUGUUGGAUUCAAAGAAGGAUGGAUGGGAUUUCCAGCUUUAGGCACUACAGAGUAAGGAGGCGGAAACAUAAUGAGCAAAGUGAACUGUAACAACAACUGUAACAAUGGGUUUGUAGGCCUGUGGUCACUCUCAUAUAGUUGGGUUUUGCUGAUGAGAAGGGAGUAAGUUCCGAGUUUGAUACAAGAUGCCCAAAUACACAUGAUCAUCCCUUCUCUUUCCCCUGUAACUUGUUUCUGUUGUACCAGACUGCCAACGUACAAAGCCUUUUUCUGGGAUGUCCAACCCCAAAAAGCACAUGGCUGCAAUUUGUGAAUCUUUGUACAAACCUGCUAUUUUCACAUUCAUUUGGUCCCACCCAACCCGGCCUUGGCUGCUCGGAGCAGCAGGUGUUGCCUGUUUGGAGCCUGUGCUGUGCAAUUGCCUUUGCUACUUUCACUCCUUUCCCCAGCAGCACAUAAAUCUGACGUGUGAGAGGAAGCUAUGGCAUCCAAGGAGUCAGCCUCCUUCGUGGACAGAACCACCUGGGAUUUCCUCAACCUACUGGACAUGCUGGGGAGCCGGAAUGGACGGGUGGGUGUGAUGGAGGUGGACCAUGCUGAGUCAAGAGCUCCCUCAUUGCUGGUGGAUUUUACCCGGGACCUGUGUGGCACGGGGGACAUCAAGCAUAAACCACAGCAGGCAGAGAAUGAAGGAAAGGAAGAGGAGGACUUGGUUCCCCCACACCUGAUUUUUAUGCUAUGGCAAGCCAGUGUGUUGAAAAGGCUCAUGCAGUGGGAUCACCUGGAGGAAGCUGUCCGGGACGUGAGGAGCCUCCUCCCCUGCCUGCCAAAUGUGCUGGUGCUUGUGAUGAUCCGUCCUGACUCCCAGGAGCAGCUGGACCAGGCAGUGAGAGCGCUGAGGAGAAUGCAGUGUGUGCUGGAUGGGGCCCUGCAACUGACUGUAGAGACUGCAAUUUACAGCCCAGGCCAGCCUGGAGGUGUCCUGGAGGCAAAGAAAGCUGCCUGUAGGGCACUGAGAGAAGCCUUGAACUGCCAUGAAGAAGUCGACUCCCAAGAGCCAUUUGUUAUUUCACUCCCGGAGCUCAGAUACUGCCGAGUUCUGCCUGAACGUAGGCAAGAGAAGAUAUCAAAGACAGAUGGAGAAUGAAUUCCCUUGGGCAGCCCAAUCUGUCAGAUCUUUUGUCAUCCUAAGAUCUUCAGUGUCAUCAAAAAAAGGAUUAAACACCUGAUAUUUAUCUCA